AUGGAACGGGAUUGUACCAUGAGGGUCACACGUAUGGCGUUCCUCAGUGGGUUUUUCUUAGGUGGUAUAUCGACGUAUGCACAGGCUAAAGAAACAUUCGAAAGAAGUAAUGUUGGUCGCAAAUAUCUAAGUCCAAGCGAUGCAGUUAAACGGCGAAUGGACUACGCAAUUUUACGUUUCGCUAAAAGUGGAUUUUCCAUGGGUUUCAAAUGCGCCUUCAUCUCUGGCAGUAUAGUGCUUUUGUCAACUCACUUGGCGGCAUAUCGACAGCGUUUCUCGUCGUGGUACUUCCCAGCCCUUUCAGCAUUAGUUGGUGGAGUAUUCACAUUUCCACUCGGUGUCAUCGGAUCGAUAAAAGCUGUAAGCCUAGGAGUUACAUCAGGACUGACUCUAUCUGCCGUUGUUUACUUGUACGCGCUUAGUGUGGAUAAGUCUGUCGACGAGGCAUACUGGAUUUUCAAGAGGGAAUACGAGAAGGUGAAUAUAAUGUAUCGUCACUAUCUAUGCAACCUGCAAUACGAUGCUGGGAAAUUCGGUGAUAAAGGAUCCCAUACUCCAAGAUAUUUCUACAGUAAAAGUCUAAAGAAUUGUAUGCUCUUCACAUUCUACGGACGAGACGGUAAUGCGAACAAUUUCGAGACGUACAAUGAAUGCAAGAAAAUGUGCAUGACGUAG